AUGGGAGCUGCGCGGGGUCCGGCAGUGGGUGCUGCCCUAGCACUUGCUGGAGCAGGCCUCGGACUUCUCCUGUGGAGCCGGCGAAUCGCUCCCACACGCCUCUCUGCGCGGAAUGAGAAGCACAGGGGUUGGCUUCGUCGGAUGAAGUGCUUCAUCUUCGACAUCGACGGUGUAAUCCACAAUGCCGGUACUCCGGUGCAGGGCGCUGGAGAAGCUGUGGAGGCCUUGCGUGCCGCUGGGAAGACGGUCCUCUUCAUGACCAACAAUGCGACGAAAAGCCAAGAGGACCUGAUGCAACUGUUCAGCAAGAUGGGGGUGACCGCGGAGAAGGCUGAAAUAAUGACUUCUUCCAUAGCGGCUGGCGACUACCUCUGCAGCAAAGGCCUGCAGGGAAGGAAAGUUUAUGUGGUGGGAAUGAAAGCCUUGUGCGACUGCCUCGAGGACAGGGCCGGUGUCCUCACCUGCGGUGGCGAGGAGGAUGCGGGGAAGGAUCGGGAGGACGUGAUGAAAACCUUCCUCCCAGAGCUGGAGCCACCUGCAAAGGAGGUGGUUGCUGUGGUUUGUGGGGCCGACUUCGCUUUCAACUACUACAAGUUAGCCAAGGCCGCCAACUACCUCCGUCAGAAUCCUGGCGCUUUGUUUGUCGCCACAAAUCCGGACCCUCGGGCGUUGAUGGCGCCAGGGACCUUCUUCCCAGCCGCAGGGUCCAUGUGGAGCGCGAUUGCGGUGGCCGCGGGGCGUCAACCGGACAUCGUCUGUGGCAAGCCUAGCGAAACUCUGGCCCGAUAUCUUCUAUCCUCCAAAGGGCUGUCGCCCGACACCACUUGCAUGGUCGGUGAUCGCACCGACACGGACAUUGCCUUUGGCCGGAGCGUGGGAAUGCAGACCCUCUUCGUUGCAAGUGGGAGCAUGACGGAGCAGGAAGUCAUGCAAGCGAAUAGCGCAGAUCAGCCGCACUAUGUGGCCGAUUCCAUCGCUGUUCUCGGUCAGCGUAUCGCCGACGAUCGAUUUGCCAAAGCGCUGCCAGGAAGAAAUGAGAUCAAAGACGGCCAGGGCUAUGGCUGGUCUUUGCCAGAGGGCGUGUCGCCCGACUUAGACUGGGACAAGCUUAUCGAAGCCAAGAACGCAGAGGUCACACGUUUGAAUAGCAUCUACACCAAGCUUCUCGACGGAGCAGGCGUAAAGCACUUCGAGGGCUAUGCUCGCAUUGUGGAUCCCCACACAGUCGAGGUCAAUGGCGAAAAGCACACGGCCAAGUACAUUUGCGUUGCCACGGGUGGUCGAGCGCAGCGGCUGCCCAUUCCGGGCAGUGACCUUGAUGGUGUCCUCACCAGCGAUGAGGCUUUGGCUUUGCCCAAAAAGCCAGAGAAGCUGGUGGUCAUUGGUGGCGGCUACAUCGCUGUAGAGUUUGCGGGCUACUUCCACGGCUAUGGCACUGAAGUGCACUUGGUGUUCCGACAGGACAAGCCUCUGCGCGGCUUCGACGAGGACAUCCGGGAUCAUUUGCUCGAGCUGACCAAAGCCAAGGGCAUUCACGUUCAUGCAGGCGAGAGCCCCCUGUCCAUCGAGGCUGGCCAUCCUUCCUUUGUCCUGUGUCAGUCUGUCGUUGGAGAUGCUAGGCCUGAAGCGGUACUUUGCACGGCAUGCUUUCUCAACCGCUUGUCCGGAAGCUUGCUGGCUCAAGAGCUAAAGGCUCCAAGGUUCCAAACAGACCUGAGGCGCCUCAUAAAGAACGACAGUGGCAGCGUCCAGGAACUGGCUAAGCCACGGGCACCUCAGCUGCCAGUGACGCCGGCCACCUAUACCUCGCCGAGAGAAUCGGACAACGUGUUCGCAGGGGAGACUGAGCAGGAAACACCCAACAAACUAGGCGAUGCAUGA